GUUGGCGAACGAACGUGUCCCUUGUGACCCAAGGAGGAAAAUCGGCUGACCGACUACACGAGUCCAUCGCAGAAACCAUGUAAAACCAAUUCCCACUUUCCCAUGUAUAAACCGACGGCACGAGCCUCCGUUUCCUCGAAUAAAUUGGCAAAUUAACUUCUUGGACCCGACGAAUAGAACUCUUGUUCCACCUCCAGUUGGAAAUUGCGAUUCGACGGUCAAGGAGCCAACGGAGCGAGAGAGAGCGAGAGAGAGAGCGAGAGAGACUUUUGGAAGUCGGGAGGAGUCGAGGAUACGAACAGUCGAGCCAAAAUAUAUUUGAUUGUCUUGGGGAUCCGUUGUCUCGUCUGGUCUCGUUGCGCGAUGCGUUAAUCGCGUGGACACGUGGAGUCGCGUGUGCGCCGCGUGCGGCGUCGAGAACCGCACGAGGGGGAAGCGUGCGGAAAAGCUCGGAAAGAAUCUUUAUCGAAUCUUCACCACGUGACGGCCAAGUGCUUCGGAGGACGAUAGACACUGUCGUCCAGGAGUGGCUGGGCAAGAGUCAUCGUCGUCAUCUGGGAAAAGAGUCUCUCCGCGGUUACUCGGAGAGGAUCCAGAGGAUCCACAGGAUCCAAAUGACAGGAGUCAAUAAUUAAGUUCUCUUAUUUUUAUCCAUCCCGGUAACCGAUUUCACACUUUUUCAUCCGGUCGAAGCAGCUGGUGAUUCUAAAGUCUUUCGCGGGAGAAGCAAAAGUCAUCUCCAGGACAUCCGAAUAACGUGUCGAUCGAAUUUACGUGAUUCUGCGCUCGACCUGUGACAGACAUUCAGUGACAGUGAGACUUUUAGCAAGAGAAUCUUCUGCAGGAGGAAGAGUCCUGUGACGUGGUCCUGAUCCUCUUGCCGGUUGGUGCUACUUGAAGAGAUCAGAAAGUUUCGAUCAACGUGGCUGGCGCUGCCCUUGCGAUCGUGCGACUCCGCUCAGGAGUGACUUCCGAGGUACAUGAGAGGAGGACAUGAACUACACGCAGGGGAAGGGACGGCUCUACCCAGCCUACAGCCUCAGUGGCAGUGAAGGCGAGGAUAAUUCACCGAGUCUGAGGACACGUGUACCUUACGUGCAAAAUAAUCAUCAGUCAAGCCAAAUACAGCACAAUCAUUACAAUACUGGAAGUCAGCACAAGCAACGUACCUACCAGCAGCAUCCUCUUUAUCACGUCCCAGGAAGUGGCGCCGGUCUCAGCGAUACACCGACUUCCGGCAACGCGUCGGACGAGACGCUCACUGAUAGUGAAUUAACCAACCUCGCCAGGGAUUCUACUCUUCUCGUCCAUAACGGCUGUUUGUUGGACAACGCGGCACCACGGGGCCCACCCGAUGUGCCACCCCGUAAUCCGACAAUGAGCCGACUGAACGGAAGAUUGCCAGGAAGUCACGCAGCAUCCGAUCACGAGCGCGAUCCUGAUUUUGUGCCAUCUUGUUUGGUGCGCACGCCGUCUGGUAACUUCAUCAACAUACCAAAGAUACCGAAGAAUGAGUACAACAAUAAGAACCAGUCUACGGGUAACAGUCCAAUAAAGGUGGAGCUACAGAACAACAUGGACAGGGUACCGUUGCCCUACGGGCAUGCCCCCUCCAUGAUCCCCAUGAGAAGACAGAGCAUCCGAUGUCACUUCCGUAAAGGAAUUGACUGGUGCAGCUGGAAACUCAUAGCUAUAGUCGUUAUAAUGGUAUCCCUAUGCCUAACAGCAGCCUUAACCUAUGUUGCUGCCUCGAACAUAGUAAACUGGUCCUACCAAGGCACGAAAGCGUGCACCGUCCUGGUGGGCGAUAACACUGAGCCCAAAGCUACUAGUACAGAAACAAACAAGACGUCCACGUCGAGUCGACCUAGACAACAGUCAUCGUCAGGAGGUAAUUACAAGGAUAAUUUGUUUGAGCGUGUGUACAGCCGCAAUCGUAGAGACACGGUUAACCAGCAUGCUCGAGUGUUGCACCCUUCACAUGCCGAAGAGGCACCGGACGGGUCCGUAAGGCCCGAAAGUUUAGUCGUUUUGCAUGAAGAUCCCGGUCAGGGUACGCAUGGAGAGCAUGAUGAUGAAGGUUACCAAGGGAGUAAUGAUGAACCGACUCAUGGAUCACUUCCGGUGGAUGUGGAAAUCUCAGCUAGUACCGAAGAUCCUACUAACUCAUUCUUGAUUGAUCAUUCGAUAACGUCCUCAUCAAUGAUCACUGACACUACUGACGGAUCCUCUCCGAUCUAUGCAUCAUCUGCUUCCGAUGACUCUAAAGAUCCUUUGACUGCUCUUGCUUCCGGUGGGAAAGAGAUCACUUCCGGUAGAUCAAGUGAUCCUGAAGAUGUAGAUGCUCAAAGUAGGUUAACUGGUGAGAACGAGAAUUUGACUAGAGAUAAAAAAGAGGGGGAUUUAUCGAUUGAUCGUAAUGGAUCAAGGAUCAUCGAUCAGAUACCGGAUAUAGAGACUGAGGGACCUAAGAUCUCUUUGAAUGAUUCCGAUAGUCAUACCUUGAGUAUUGAUCUGAAUGAUAGUGUCUCUUUAGAGUCCAAUACUCAGGAUUAUGAUUCUAGUACCAGUGCUAGUACUAUUGUUGAAUCCAGUACAAGGAUAGUUGAGUUCUUGGAGUCUGAAAACUCCUCGACGAAGGUGUUGAACUCGCUUCCGGACGAUCGAACUUUGCCAGUAAGUAAGUCCAGGGUGGAUGUCGUUAAGCCAGUAGAAGUAGACCUGGAGGACUUGAAUGUAGAAAGCAGUAGAGAAGCUUUGCCGCUAGCGCAACCCUUAGUCGUAAAACUAGCAGAUGAAGAAGACGUUGGGAAUUCUGACGAAAUGAAUGGAGAACUUGAGGAGGUUGAAAGGAAAGUUGAGAAAAAUGUAGAAAACACGAGUGCAGGUGGGACUUUGCAAAUAUCAAGGAUCGAAAAUUCCAAUGGCGUUGUAAAAGAGACCAGAGAACUGCCGGUGGAAGAUAACACGUCCUCGAAGUCUCACGAGAUGACGAGCGACGACGAGGUCGUCAUCCCCGAUAGAUCCGAAGAACUCCAAAGAGACUAUCCCAUCUACAGUUACGGUCUGGAUGAAGUGGAGAUAGUCAAGUUGCAUCUGGACGAGGAUGCCAGUGCAGCCAAGAACACGAAGACGUUCCAGGAGUCUAUGGAGUCUUCGAAAGAUCCAAAAACGUAUUCACUCGGUAACGAGGUUAGGAUGCCAAUGACAAUAUCAUCGAACAAGCAAACGGAAGAUGUUCACGUGAUAACGCGCGAUGAUGACGACGAUGAGUUUCUACGUGAAUUUGAGGAGCCCUUCGACGAGGAGUCCCAGGAGUACGAUAACCCGCAUGAGGCAUCGCAUGAUCCCCAAGUGCCACACGAGUCUAACGCUCCAUCAGCUAACAAGCCAAAAGAAUCACCACUAACUCAGAAAGUCCAGAUAGUGGAGGUGCCGAAGUCUACCGAUUCAAACAGUCAGUCUCACCUCCUGCUGAACGUGACUAUAUCUACCGAGGACACGUCCGGUUCCAUUCAGGGUUCACGACCCCUUUACAUACUCUCUGUCUCGAUACCAACCAGUGCUGACCCUAACACCCCGCCCGGAAUUAACAUCAUCAAUCCCAUGCAAAAACUAGCACCACGAACAUCAUCACCAUCGUCAGAACCUCCUAGUGUUAUCGUGGAUCCGGAUCCCACUGGAUUGCCACCACCACCGCAACCCCCAGCAUCACCACCACCGAUCUGGGGUGGUGGUGAGUGCGAGUGUUCCUGUCCUUGCAUGGAGUCAGGGGAAACAGACAACUUUUCAGAUGAUGACUCGCCCGUAGAUCCUAACGACCUAGAGAACACGUUCACGAACUUCACCAAUGAGGAGGUCUUAUACGUCAAUCGUGAGGAUGACGAGGAUGACGGUGACAAGGGUAACGGGAGAAUCUCGCAGGGUGGCAGCAGCCAUCCUGCUUUCUCUAACGAGACCUCCCAAGGUUUGUUGGGGCUCGACGACCCUACCGGUGCUACCAGUGAUACCAGUGCUACCACUUCUUCGGAUGACUAUAGCUUGUCUUCCGGAAAUUAUACUGAGGAUUCUAUGGGAACUUAUUCUACUUCCGCUUCUACUACUUCUGACUCUUCCACUUCUCUCUACUCCGAGGAUAGUUCCACGAGCGAGCAAGGCUUUUGGUGUUCAGGCACGACGCCAGUACCACCAGAGCCCAUUAUCCUCAUUCUCGAAGGUGCCAGAACCUUCCCAGCAAGGUCAUUUCCUCCGGAUGGCACGACCUUCGCCCAGGUCGCCCUCGGUCAACGUCUCAGCAAGGAGAUCCCGGCCUACAGCUACUGGAACAUGCAGUUCUACCAAUCGGAAGCCGCAUACGUUCGCUUUGACUACAACAUACCCCGUGGUGCCAGCAUCGGCGUCUACGCAAGAAGAAACGCGCUGCCCACCCACACGCAGUAUGACCUCCUGGAGGUGCUGAGCGGUUUCAAGGCUCGCACCACCCGGGCCUCCCAUGUUAGUGCCAUUCCGUCGAUAAAGAAGGAAGUUACGCACUACAUGGAAACCGGUCACUGGUUCCUGUCGCUCUACAACGACGACGGCGAUCCCCAGGAAGUCGCGUUCAUCGCCAUAAUCGCCGAAGACAUGACCCACAACUGCCCCAACGGAUGCAGCGGAAAGGGAGAGUGCCUCCUGGGUCACUGUCAGUGCAAUCCUGGCUUCGGUGGCGAUGACUGCUCGGAAAGUGUCUGUCCCGUCCUGUGCAGUCAGCGUGGCGAAUACAUAAACGGCGAGUGCCAGUGCAAUCCCGGCUGGAAGGGAAAGGAGUGCUCGUUGCGUCACGACGAGUGCGAAGUCCCAGACUGCAAUGGACAUGGUCAUUGCACCAAUGGCAAGUGCAAUUGCGUUCGCGGGUACAAGGGUAAAUUCUGCGAGGAGGUUGACUGCCCUCAUCCCACUUGCUCCGGACACGGAUUCUGCGCCGAGGGUACUUGCAUCUGCAAGAAGGGUUGGAAGGGUGCAGAUUGCAGUCAGAUGGACAAGGAAGCGCUGCAGUGUCUGCCCGAUUGCAGCGGCCAUGGAAAUUUCGAUUUGGAAACUCAAACUUGUCUGUGCGAACCCAUGUGGUCUGGCGAUGAUUGCUCUAAAGAGCUCUGUGACCUGGACUGCGGUCCUCACGGCCACUGCGUGGACAACGCGUGCGACUGCAUGGCUGGAUGGUCCGGCGAAUUGUGCAACCUCAAGCAGUGCGACCCAAGGUGCAACGAGCAUGGGCAGUGCAAGAACGGGACCUGCUUGUGCGUCACUGGAUGGAAUGGGAAGCACUGCACGAUGGAAGGCUGUCCAAAUUCGUGUUCCGGCCACGGGCAGUGCCGUGUCAAUAUCGAGGCGCAAUGGGAAUGUCGCUGUUACGACGGAUGGGACGGCAAGGACUGCAACGUGCUGCUCGAACAAACUUGCGACGACGGUCGGGACAACGACAAAGAUGGUCUCGUCGAUUGCGCCGAUCCAGAGUGCUGCUCCAACCACAUCUGCAGGAGCAGUCAGCUCUGCGUGUCUGCACCAAAACCCAUAGACAUUCUCCUGAGGAAACAGCCACCCGCCAUUACCGCCUCCUUCUUCGAGAGGAUGAAGUUUCUCAUCGACGAGGGCAGCUUGCAGAAUUACGCAAGGCAGGAGAUAUUCAACGAGAGUGUGUUCUGGAAUCACUUCAACACAAGUCGUUCCGCUGUGGUUCGCGGAAGGGUAGUUACAUCCCUUGGAACCGGUCUUAUGGGGGUUCGAGUUAGUACCAGCACGCCCUUAGAGGGUUUCACCCUGACCAGGGAUGACGGCUGGUUUGACCUACUGGUUAACGGGGGUGGUGCCGUCACACUUCAAUUUGGAAGGUCACCGUUCAAGCCGCAGGGUCACAUCGUCUUUGUACCUUGGAACGAGGUCGUGAUUAUAGACAAGAUCGUAAUGAGUACCAGUGACGAGAAACCAUUGACUCAUGUGCCACAUGCGUGUGCGGCCCACGACUACGACCUGAUGAAGCCCGUCGUCCUGGCCACUUGGAAGCAUGGAUUCCAGGGUGCAUGCCCGGAUAAGAGCGCCAUCCUGGCGGAGUCACAGGUCAUCCAGGAGAGUCUUCAGAUACCGGGAACAGGAUUGAAUCUCGUCUAUCACAGCUCCAGGGCUGCUGGAUACUUGUCGACUAUUCAGCUGCAGCUUACACCCGAAGUGAUACCAGCUAGUCUGAAUCUCAUUCAUCUGCGGAUCACCAUCGAGGGCAUCCUCUUCGAGAAGACCUUCGAAGCGGAUCCUGUUAUCAAGUUCACGUAUGCUUGGAACAGACUCAACGUCUACAGACAACGCGUGUACGGCGUUACCACUGCCAUGGUCAAGGUCGGCUAUGAGUACAGUGACUGCAAGGACAUCAUCUGGGACGUUCAGACGACUAAGCUCAGUGGACACGAUAUGUCCAUAUCUGAAGUUGGUGGCUGGAACCUUGAUAUUCAUCACAGAUACAAUUUUCACGAAGGUAUCCUCCAGAAGGGAGAUGGAUCAAAUAUUUAUCUAAAACACAAACCCAGGGUGAUCCUUACCACCAUGGGCGAUGGACAUCAGAGACCUCUGGAUUGUUACGAUUGCGAUGGUCAGGCUUCUAAGCAAAGACUUUUGGCACCGGUUGCCCUGGCUACUGCACCAGAUGGUUCUAUCUUUGUUGGUGACUUCAAUCUCGUCCGGAAGAUCUUGGUGGAUGGUACUGUCAGCACUGUCGUACGGCUCAAUGCUACCAGAGUAUCCUACAGAUAUCAUAUAGCGCUGAGUCCUCUGGAUGGAGCGUUGUACAUCUCUGACCCAGAAUCCCAUCAGAUCAUUCGCGUCCGUGACACUAACGACUACACCGAUCCUGACCACAAUUGGGAAACGGUCGUAGGAUCCGGCGAACGUUGUCUUCCUGGAGACGAGGCUCAUUGCGGUGAUGGGGCUUUGGCUCGCGAUGCCAAGUUAGCCUAUCCCAAAGGCGUCGCUGUCUCCGCUGACAACGUUCUCUACUUCGCGGACGGUACCAACAUCCGCAUGGUGGACCGGGAUGGUAUCAUCACAACGGUCAUUGGAAAUCAUAUGCACAAGUCUCACUGGAAGCCAAUACCGUGCGAGGGGACCCUGAACGUGGAGGAAGUACAUCUUCGAUGGCCAACGGAAUUAGCAAUCAAUCCAUUGGAUAACUCCCUUCACAUGAUCGACGAUCAUAUGGUUCUUCAACUAGCUCCUGAUGGCCGGGUCAAGGUCGUCGCUGGACGUCCACUUCACUGCGCUUCACCAUCCUCUACGUUUGACACGGAACUGGCGACGCACGCUACUCUCGUAAUGCCACAGAGCAUCGCCUUUGGACCAUCCGGUGAUCUUUACAUCGCCGAGAGUGAUUCCCAGAGGAUCAACAGAGUCAGGGUGAUCGGCACCGACGGCAAGAUAUCACCGUACGCAGGUGCAGAGUCCAAGUGCAAUUGCUUGGAACGCGGCUGUGACUGUUUCGAAGCCGAUCACUAUUUGGCAUCCAGCUCAAAGUUCAAUACCAUAUCGGCCGUGGCCGUGUCUCCGGAUGGGAUCGUCCAUAUUGGUGAUCAAGCCAAUUAUAGGAUACGUUCUGUAAUGGCUAGUAUACCGGAUGCGAGCGGUGCCAGGGAGUAUGAGAUCUAUUCGCCGGAUACCCAAGAGAUCUACGUCUUCAAUAGAUUCGGUCAGCACAUUGCUACCAAGAAUAUCCUGACCGGUGAGACCAACUAUCUGUUUGCCUACAACGUCAACACCAGCAAUGGCAAACUCAGUACUGUGACGGAUGCUGCUGGAAAUAAGGUCUUCCUACUGCGCGACUAUUCCAGUCAGGUGAACUCAAUUGAGAAUACCAAAGGUCAGAAGUGCCGGCUACGCAUGUCCAGGAUGAAGAUGCUACACGAGCUGAGCACUCCGGAUAAUUACAACGUGACCUUUGACUAUCACGGCCCCACAGGAUUGCUCAAGACCAAAUUAGACAGCACCGGGAGAAGCUACGUUUACAAUUACGACGAAUUCGGCAGACUGACAACAGCUGUGACGCCCACUGGAAAAGUUAUCAGUCUCACGUUUGACCUAAGCGUCAAAGGUGCUACUGUCAAAGUCGGGCAGAACAACAGAAAGCCGGUGUCGAUGCUGAUCAAAGGAUCAUCAGUGGUGACCAAGAUAGGUGAAGCCGAGCAGAGAACCAUCGUCCUCGGGGAUGGCAGUGUUGGUAGAGUGACACCCUGGUCCCACACCAUCAGUACCGAUACGAUGCCUUACUCCAUCCUGGCUGAAAUCGAGCCACUCCUGGGUGAGAGCUACCCGGUUCCGGCGAAACAGAGGACGGAAAUCGCUGGUGAUCUGGCGAAUCGCUUCGAGUGGCGCUACUUCCUGCGCAAGGUCCAGGGCAACAAGAAUCGCGGAAACUCCAAAGCAGUGGCUCAGGUCGGCCGGAAGCUUAGAGUCAAUGGCGAAGUCCUUCUAUCCUUGGAAUACGACCGGGAGACCAACACUGUUGCAGUCUUCAUGGACGAUCGAGCAGAAUUACUGAACGUGACAUAUGACAGAACAGCAAGACCCGUCAAGUGGGGUCCUAGGAAUGGCAUCUUCGCCGGGGUCGAUCUCGAAUACGACAGAUUUAGCAGACUCACCAGCUGGACCUGGGGAGACAUUAGCGAGACCUAUGGGUUCGACCGGGCUGGCAGACUCUUCGAGAUCAAAUACAGUGACGACACCUCGAUGGUCUAUGCCUUCAAGGACAUGUUCAGCAGCUUACCACUGAAGGUCACCACUCCCAGAGGCAGCGACUACCUUCUGCAAUAUGACGAAGCCGGUGCACUUCAGUCGCUGACUACUCCCAGAGGACACAUACACGCCUUCUCGCUUCAGACUUCGCUUGGCUUCUACAAGUAUCAGUACUAUUCGCCGAUGAACAGGCACCCCUAUGAGAUCCUGUACAAUGACGACGGCCAGAUACUCGCUAAGGUCUAUCCUCAUCAAAGUGGCAAAGUCGCCUAUGUGUACGAUCACACUGGAAAAUUGGAAACGACCCUGGCUGGCCUCUCGUCGAUCCACUACACUUACCAAGAGACGACCAGUUUGGUUCGCAGCAUUGACAUCAACGAGCCCAACUUUGAGAUCAGGAUCGAGUACAAGUACCACGCUGGCAUUGUGAAGGAUGAGAAGAUCAAAUUCAGCAGCAAGAGUGGUAUGGACAAUGCUCAUUAUAGAUUCCAGUAUGACGGAAACGCAAGAAUAUCCGGCAUCGAGGUUGACAUAAAUGGGAAACAGCUGCCUCAGCUUCGACUGAAGUACAAUCAGAAUCUUGGAGUCCUGGAAGGUGUGGGCGAUCUGAGGAUCUAUAGAAACUCCUUCAAUAGAUCAGUGAUGCAAGACAGUAGCAAGCAGUUCUUCACCGUGACGGAAUAUGACGAUCACGGCCGAGUGAAGGCUGUUCUGAUGAACAUCAGGUCGGUCGAUGUCUUCAGAAUGGAAUUGGAGUAUGACAAUCGAAAUCGGAUAAACAUGAGGAAGCUGACGAUUGGGAAGGAAUCUUCCGAGAAGAAGGAAUACUCGCGCAUCGACAAGAUCACCUACAAUGCUGACGGACAUGUCCUGGAGGUGGCCGAUACCGACAAUAACUGGCAAUACGCGUACGACGAGAACGGCAACAUAAUCGGCGUGACGGAGCACAACGAGAAGAUAACUCUUGGCUACGACAGCGGCGACAGGGUCGUCCAGUACGGUGACGUCGAAUUCAAUUCUUACGACGGUCGUGGGUUCGUUGUCAUUCGCGGUGAGCACAAGUACAGAUAUAAUUCGAGAGGACAGCUGAUCCAUGCGUCGGAGCAUCAAAAGUUCCAAAUUUGGUACUUCUAUGACGACAGAGGAAGACUCAUCGCGUGGAAUGACGACAGGGAGAACAUAACGCAAUUCUUUUAUGCCAAUCCAAAGACGCCUGAUCUAAUAACUCAUGUACACUUCCCGAAGUCGUCAAAGACGUUCCGCUUCCUCUACGACGCCAGGAACUUCCUGAUGACCGUCGAGACUUCCGAACAAAGAUUCUACGUGGCGACCGACCAGAACGGCUCGCCGUUGGCAUUGUUCGAUACCAAUGGUAAUCUGAUAAAGGAAAUGCGCAGGACGCCGUUUGGAAAGAUCAUCAAGGACACCAAUCCCGACUUCUACCUGCCGAUCGACUUCCACGGAGGAUUGUUCGAUCCUAACACAAAACUCGUGUACCUGAACAAACGUCUCUACGAUCCUACCGUCGGCCAGUGGAUGACACCGGCCUGGGAACAAAUGGCCAACGAACUGACGACACCUACGGACAUCUUCAUCUACCGCUUCCGGAACAACGAUCCCAUAAAUCUGAAGCAGAACGUGGAGUACAUGACUGAUCUUGCCAGCUGGCUCAAACUGUACGGCUACGACAUAUCUUCUAUGCUGGGAUCAGAGUACACCAAGGAAGUGGUGUACCAGCCAAGCGCCACCAUAACCUCCCCGCAGCUGACGCCAGAGUUUGGCGUGAUGUCGGGACUUCAGUGCAUCGUCAACCGCGUCCACGAGAAGUUCUCCGAUCUGGGAUUCGUGCCGAAGCCAUUGCUGAAGCUGGAACCAAAGACGCGAAACUUACUGCCCAGAGUAGCUCAUCGGAGAGCAGUCUUUGGCGAGGGUAUCCUGGUGUCAAGGGUCGGAGGUCGUGCCUUGGUCAGCGUGGUGGAUGGCGUCAACAGUGUCGUCCAGGACGUGGUCACUUCGGUCUUCAACAAUUCAUUCUUCCUGCCACUUCACUUCAGCGUCCACGACCAGGACGUCUUCUACUUCGUCAAGGACAACGCCCUCAAGAUCAGAGACGACAUGGACGAUCUUCGUCGUCUCGGUGUCAUGUUCAACGUGUCAACCCACGAGACGACCGAGCACGGAUCCGGCACGUGGAAGGAGCUCAGACUUCACAACCCGGAUGCUUCGGUGGUGAUAAAGUAUGGCGCCGAUCCCGAGCAGGAGCGUCACAGGAUAUUGAAGCACGCUCACAAGCGCGCUGUCGAGAGAGCCUGGGAAAUUGAGAAGCAGCUGGUAAUGGCUGGUUUCCAAGGACGCGGCGAUUGGUCCAAGGAAGAGAAGGAUGAGCUCAUCAGCCACGGCAAGGUCGACGGCUACGAGGGCGUCGACAUCCACAGCGUGCACAGGUAUCCCCAACUGGCCGACGACCCUGGCAACGUGGCCUUCACACGCGACAGCAAGCGCAAGAGACGGAAGAGCGGCACCAGGCGCAACAGGAUUCACAGGCACGAUUCGUGAUUCGACGAGAUCUAACCUGGACGUGCAUCCCGGGGUGCAUGAGAGCAAGAGGAAGAGAAUCCGAGGACCGGCUGGGAGGGUGCUCGAGAAGACGUGCGUCACAAAUGAGAAGAAAAGGAAGAAGAAGAAAAAUGUGUUUUCGAAUAGGAGUGCGCGACGAGAGUGUUUUCUCUUUUUGGGAGAAAUGAAAUAAAAAAGGGUUGCGAUCGAAGGGACUUCGCAAACGGACGAUUCCACGAGUCCGCGCGAUGGAAUGAAAACGAAAAUGGUUACUUAAAGGCUGACUCUUGAUAAAACGGUCUGUCGCAGUCGUUCUCCGUAGAGAAAGAAACUCCCAAUAUUUUUUCUCAGUCGUGGAUAUUAUAACGAGAGGAGAAUAAUUCUCUCACCGUGUAUCAUACGUUAAUUUUCUACGUAUCGAAGUCGUUGGUGCCAUACUAAUACGUUACGAGUAAAAUUUCCUAUUGGAUCCCAUCCUUCCUCCAACUCCCUGAUAUUACCAUUAAACCAUAAUCUUCAAUCCCCAUUUGCGCGCUGUUCGUACGUCGCGUACGAACGCAACUCGAUUAACGUUAAUUGUCGUUGUCGUCGUCGUCGUCGUCGCCGCUACCGUCGGUUCUGCGAGCGUUAACGGCGCACGUGCCCGCAGGUUGAUCUGUGAAGUGUCAAAAUUAAGCUAGUCGCGUAUUUACGGAAUGCGGAAGUUUUAACGCUUGUUACGAAAAAGCUGAUUAUUUUAUAGAGGGUGUUUUGCGAUGGGAGUAUAUUAGUGAAUGAGCGAAAGUCGAGGAAAGGGAGAUUCGAAAUAUACUUCGGAGUGUAAGCUUUUUGCAUUAAGCUCCUUUAUACUAAUUAAGCGGCGAAGAAGACAGAAUAUGGUUCGUGCGCAUGCGCUGGUCUCCCAUUAAAGAAAAGGAAGAAGAAGAAGAAGAAGAAGAAGCAGCCAUGAGUCAAUGGGAGCUUCUCAGUUUGAAGCCGUCGAAUCGUUAGCAUAACAGGGUCUACGACAUGUACACAUACAUAACGAAAAAAAUAAUACAUACCUAUACGUACAUACACGCGAUAUAAAUACAUAGCCACAUUCGAAAGAGAGCGCGAAAAUUGCGACGUUUCGAAAAUUCGAGUUUGACCAUUAAAUCCAAAUCGAUUCGAGGACUGCGCAGCGAGAAAUUUCAAAAGUAGAUUAAAGAGGCCGGAAUGCCGGAAAGGCAUGUGAAUAAUUAAUACGCGACAAGGAAGAUGAGUUCGUCGAAACGUUCGUCCAAGAGAAAAAAAGCAUAAGAUAGACACACACCCACACACACACACACGCACGCGUGGCAAUCCGACGAUGACGACGAUGAUGACGAUGACGACGUUCGGACUUCACUUCCGCUCCAAACAUCGUCGUCAUCGACGUCCUCAUCCGCAUUUUGUCCACUCGACUUUACUGACGUCACUCAGGCGUUAACCUAGUUCGCAUAACGUAUAAGAUGACGCGUAAUAAGAGAAUAACACAGCAGAUAUUUUUAACAAUGGCGUACGUUUAAUUAAAGUGUUGUAAAUACGGCUAAUCUUAUUAAUGGUAAAUGUAGAUAUUAACGAUUGACUGUACACUACUUAUACGUAGUAUAUUCAAUUGGAACUGUCGAUAAAAUGCUUUUUUAUAUGUAUACACGUAUAUAGUAUAUAUACACAAUAUUAAAAAAAGGAACAGAAACACAAACACACAGCACCACACGGAAACACCGAAUAUCGUAGUAGGGAGCUGGUAGGGGAGAGAAAAGAAAAAAUUGUAACGUACGAAUAACGAAGCUACUCUCGGUGAAGCCACCACGUGAUCCGGAAGUCCUCGACCGGAAGUUACUGGAUUAACUAAAGAUUGCACAGGACAAUGUCCAGGGCCUAUAUCUACCUAUGAGAAAAUCGUCGUACGCUUGUCACUAGGACGUAAGACUUACUCGUGGUAAAUAAAAUGGAGUCGUUAUGUAAUUCCAAUAUGGAAACUGUGAACAUCCGGUUCACGUGUAGGAUUGCGGUUAUCGUCGUUUCUUAGAUACGCUACGUGAGCCCAUACGAGAUUCGCGGUAGACUAUAGUGGCGAAAUACGGGGAGGCAGAGAAGACCUGUAAAUAAUGUCCUAGGUAAAGAAAAGAAGAAGGUAAAAUGCGAAGACACUGUAAACACCUUGUGGCGUGCCGAGAUCUUUCUUUUAGUUGUAGCUGAGAGAGAGGGAGAGAGAGAGAGAGAGAGAGAGAGAGAGAAUGAGAGAGCGAGAGAAAGGAAAUAAUCGCGUGCAAGUAUAUGAUUCGAAA